AUGGCAACAUUAUCCAAUUUGAGGACGAAUUUCGAUAUUGAUCUUCUUGAUGAAAUAGUCGACACAUUCUACAACGGAACAGGUCAGGCACAGCAAAAUGCACAAAGAGAAUUAACGAGUUUUCAGGAUGAUCCUGCUUCAUGGACUAAAGCUGAUAAAAUUUUACAAUUCUCAAAGAAUAACAACACAAGAUUUAUUGCUUUGUCCAUACUCGAUAAGCUAAUUAAGACAAGAUGGAAGUCAUUACCGGAAGAACAGAGUGUUGGCAUAAGGAAUUUUAUUGUUGGAAUGAUCAUAUCGCUUGUACAAGAAGAAGCUCGAAACGGAACUUUAACAGAUAAUCAAUUAAUUCAUAAAUGUGACUUAACUUUGGUCGAAAUUUUAAAACAAGAAUGGCCGGAUAGAUGGCCAGAUUUCAUUCCUGAGUUAAUUAAAAGCUCCACAAUAGAUAUUAAUUUAUGCGAAAACAACCUAGUAAUACUAAAAUUAUUAUAUGAAGAAAUCUUUGAUUACUCUUCAGGUCAUAUGACUCAAGCUAAGGCCACGAGAAUGAAGAAAUCGAUGUCAAAAGUAUGUCUCCAGAUAUAUAUGCACAUCAUAGACAUAUUAAAAAUUGAUGAAUAUUCUGCCACCUUAGAGUUAUCUGCAUUGGAGUGUUUACUCGAUUAUUUAGAAUGGAUACCUCCAGAAUACAUAUUUGAAUCUAAUAUAUUACAACUUUUAAGUUUGAACUACAUUAAAAGGCCAGAAACAAGAAACGUUACGAUAAAAUGUUUAACUACAAUAACAUCAGUUACAAUCCCAAAGAGCCCUCAGCAUAUUACCCAAAUGGUUGAAUCAUUUAUCUAUGUCUUAAAAAAUUUAACUGCCUAUUUCCCUCCUGCUAGUUCAGGCCUUAAAUUAACGUAUGCAUCAUCAAAUUUCGUCAGACAACAAUUCUUCCAAGAUCUUACUACGUAUUUGACAAAAUUUUUGAAAGUUUAUAGAGAAAAGUUAGAAGUUGACAAUGCUGAGUUAAGAACAGUACUUUUAACAGCCCAUGAAUACUUAGUUCAGUUAACCAGAAUUGAUGAAACGGAAAUUUUUAAAACCUGUCUAGAUUAUUGGCAUGAACUAACCUCCGCUCUCUUUGUAGAGAUACAGCAAUAUCCAAUAGCCGAUCUUCUUCCAUCGUUAGAAUUGUCAUUUGAAAUGAAAGGAUCUGGUGCAAUGAAUCCACAAAUAUUAAAACAAAUACCACUAAAGAAACAUAUUUAUGAAGAAAUAUGUUCGCAAUUAAGAAAAAUAAUAAUUACAGAGAAAAUGAUAAGACCUGAAGAAAUAAUAGUGGUUAAAGAUAUCGAUUCUGGAGAGGUUGUCAGAGAGGUGGUAAAUGAUAGUGAAAUGUUGGAUUUAUAUUAUUCCGAAAAAGAAACAUUAGUAUAUUUAACCUAUCUGGACUUUGAUGAUACUGAACGUAUUAUUAUGGAAGAAUUAGAGAGACAGAUGAGCAUGUUAAAAAUGUACACUGAUGGCGAAGAAGAUAAUCAAAAUGGUUGGGCAUGGGAUAAUCUAAAUUGCCUAUGUUGGUCGAUUGGUUCAAUCCCAUCUACAAUUAGUGAAGAGAGCGAAAAUAUCUUCAUAAAAAGCAUUUUAGAUAAAUUAACAAUGAUCAAGGAUGCUCGUAUUACUAACUCUAACGAUAGAGCUCUAUUUGAUUCUAAUGUAAUGUAUAUUGUUGGCCAGUACCCCAGAUUUAUGAAGAACCAUUGGCAGUUUUUACUACAAAUAAUAGGUAAAUUAUUCCAAUGUAUGCAUGAUGCCAAUGAAGGGAUCCAAGAUAUGGCAUGCGAUACUUUUUCGAAGAUUGUGAGUAGAUGUAAAUACCAGUUUGUGAUAAACAAACCGGAGGAUGCCACAACAAAUAUACCAUUGAUUAAAAGCAUCAUUGACAAUAUGAGUGAUAUCACAAGUGAUUUAACACAAUCUCAACUCACCUCUUUUUAUAAAUCAUGUGCAUCUAUUGUUAAAGAAGAAAGAAAUUAUGAUCUCAGAUAUCGAUUACUUUCUGAUUUAAUGAAAUUUCCAAAUGCAACUUGGAAAUCGAUAUUGAAUAUUCAAUUAGAGGUAGAUACAGAUGAUAAAUUUAAAGCUCUUGCCAAAAUAUUAGACGUUAACAUAGCUGUAUGUGAAUCUAUUGGACGACAUUUUGCCUCACAAUUGGAACAGAUUCACUUAGAUCUGGUUGGAUUAUAUGGGGUAGCCUCAGAAUGUAUUCAAAAUGAAAUAAAAAAUCUGAAUGUACAAGCUAAUGAUACUUCUAAAAUUAGAGCAUGUCGUUCAAUCAAAAAAAAAAUAUUGCUCUUACAAAAACUUUUCAUUUCGGAUUUAAAUGGGGUAGAAUUUGAUAAAUAUCUUUCACCUCUGUUGAAGUUAUUCUUGGAUAUCAGCAUGAAAGAUUAUAACUCCGAGCCCAUAAAUUUCAAGGAACCUGAAGUGUUGUUAUACGCCAACAGCGUAAUUUUAAAUUGUGGUCAAAGAUAUCCGGAUAUAGUGGUUAUAAUAAUCGAAAAUACAUUUUUAUCCAGUUUAGAAAUGAUAAAGAAUGACACUGAUAAUUUUCCGGAUCAUAGAUUAUAUUUUUAUCAAUUAUUAAGGACCAUCACAUAUAAAAAUUUUCCUGUCCUGAUAGAAUUUCCAACAGAUGGCUUUUUUAAUAUGUUUUUUGAUACGAUAUGUUGGUCUUUUAAACAUCACAAUAGAGAAAUUGAAGAAACUGGAUUACAAAUCGCCAUUGAUAUGUUAAAUAAUGUCGACAGGUUAAACGAUAAUACAGAGUUCCAAGCCAAAUUCUACGAGAUAUAUUAUUUAAAGUUAAUCAAUGAGAUAUUGUAUGCGAUAACAGAUUCUGAUCACCAACCAGCAUUUGCCAAACAAGCUUUAUUAUUCAGAAAUUUACUAAUGUUAUCAUACGAUAAUAGAAUCCCUGUUUCCUUAGUUAAUACAGAAGGAAUUUCAGGUAAUUUCUCCAACACGAUAUAUUUAAAUGAGUAUAUCACAAAACUUUUAACGACUGCAUUUCCUAAUUUGACAGUAACACAAAUAGAAAGUUUUCUCAAUGCAUUAAUGAAAAAUUACAACAAUGUAGCAAUAUUUACAAAUACUGUGAGUGAUUUCAUUAUUCAGUCUAAAGAAAUCGGAGCAGAUCCAACUGAUUAUUUUUAUGACGAAGAGACACCUUAA